GGAUGCUGGUCCUUGCUCCCACAGAGUUGCACCCCAACUUUAUUAGCCACCCCCUCGCCUCAUAAUCUCAGGGCGGGAUGGGCGAUCUGCAUUUUCUUUGAUAUCCGUAUGCACAUAACAAUGCCUAUUGUUUCUUUUUAACCGCGAUGCGACAAUCUUGUCUCCGAGUUUUUUUUUUAUUUGAUUGCUCAAGAAUUGCUAAAGAAAUAUGGCGCGAGGCCCGCAGAUCACCGUUCUCAGCCCUUCCCCUAAAGGAUUCGGAUGGGGGGAACCGGUCGUGCGUCCCUUUAACAAUGUUGAAGCGAUAUCUCAACUCCCAGACCAGUGCUAUGCCUUCCUGCACGUCAGCGACUACCCACCCGCUGAUGGCCGGCGCGAGGCCUUGCUCGCUCACUUUGGCGUGCCUUCAUAUGUUGCCAACCGGACUUGCUUUGAGCUGAGCGCAUACUUUGGCAGCCGGGCCACAUACGAUGAGGAGAGCAAGGAGGAAAAGAAGCCCGUGACAAGCUGCACCACCUGGUUUCGGUGCCUAGCCAAGAUGGUACGCAAGGUAGCGGAUCCGCACGAGGAGAACCCCGAAUACGUCGACGACCCGCCGGAAAACGGAGCGGCCCCCGUUGCCGGGACCAAGGGCUACCGCUGGUACGAGAUGAGCUUCUUUACGCGCUGGGAGUAUCCAAACAAGUGCCAGGUCUUGUGUGUCGAUACGCCGUGGGAUCUCCCGGGUGAGUUGCAUAAGGCUCUUGACACACGGGAUACGCCGCUCGAAUUUCGUGACCCCUUUGCCAUGCAUGCCGAUUUGAUGGACCAGGUGAUUGUUUACUGCGAUAUUGCCGUGUGGCGUGUGCGCGAUCCUGUCCGCGAGCUUGAGAAGAAACGCAUAGGUAUCGGAGGCAUCUUUCAGCCCAUCCACGACAUAUCGCGCCACGCCAUCCACGCCUCCGAGGUCCUGGAAGCCGCGGCCGAGACCAUGUCGGAUUUGAAAAAGUGCCAAACCAAGAUGCACGAGGCGUUGCCCGACGGCGACCUGACCAUAACUUACAGGCAGCAGGCUAAAGAGCAUGUCCAGUUUCAGAUCUCGCUGGUCAAAGCCCUCAAGCUGCGGUCCGACUCUAGCAGAGAACGGCUGAAGAAUGAGGUGAACCUGGCGUUCAACAACAUGUCACGGCAGGACAACAACGUGAUGAAGUCGAUUGCCCUGCUAACAAUGAUCUUUCUUCCGGCGACCUUUUUCUCGGCGCUCUUUAGCACUACAUUCUUUACGUUUGGCGACGAUGGCGGAUGGGAAGUGUCGGACAAACUCUGGAUCUACUGGGCGACGAUCAUUCCCGCAACACUGGGCGUGCUCAUCAUUUGGGGGUUCUGGCUUUACGGCCCCGAAAUCAGAGACUUUCUGAAGCGCCACGCGGACAAGUUUACCAAGGGCAUGGCGAAACGACGCAAGAAGCCCGCUCCAGCUGCGGUUAAUAAGCAGCCAUGAUAUGACCGUGUCGUUGUGUGUCAGCGGUACCUAGUUCCAGUCGGUGGGGAGUGAUUAUUGAAUAACGGCCUCUAUUUUGGACACAUAGCAAGCAACUUAGUUCACGUUUUGGACGCGUCU